AUGUGCGCACUACCCGAACCCACCACCAAAACACUGGAUCAAACAGUUGGAAUUGAGGAGGGGGAGAUGUUUCUGGUGCUGGAGCGCUGUCAGGAUGGCUGGUUUAAAGGAACAUCCAUGCACACCGGCAAGAUCGGAGUAUUUCCUGGUAACUACAUGAGUCCUGUUAACAGGACUGUUUCUGGCAGCAGUCAGCCAAAAGUUCCCCUGACCCUGUGUUCCCAGGCGGGAUGUGGUGUCACCAUCGUCAGCUCCGCCUCUGCUCCUCUUGGAGCCGCCCUGGGGAGUGUUGACCCCAGCAAACCCCUCCCAGUCUGCCCAAAUCCCACCCCGUCUUGCCCACUUCCUGCUGCUGUAGUGUCAGCUGCACAUAUAACCACUGGACAGCACCCCAAAGUGCUCAUGCAUGUGACGUCACAGAUGACCGUUAACCAAGCACGCAGUGCGGUCAGGACAGCUGUGAGUCAUAGUCAGGACCGGCCUACUGCAGCAGUGACACCCAUCCAAUCCCACAAUCCUCUGUCCUACCUUCCUAGCACAGCUGUGGUUCUUCAGGCGUCACCUGCACUCGGCUCCAGUCCAGGGUCCUCCUCAGCCAGAGUCGGUGUGGCUAUGAGCUGUGCCGCCGCCUCCUUGACCCCUCCUAAUGUUAGCGCUGCUUCUCUGGACAGUGAUGCCUUGAGACCUGUCUCUGUUGUAGCACUUCCUGUGAACCCUGGCAGCACAAAAUCUUUCGGUUCAGCCUCAAAUCACGGUGUUGCUUGUAGACUGGAUAAAGACUGCAAGAGAGAAAAGAAAGGCCUGCUGAAACUGCUGUCUAAUAAAAAGAAGCUCCGCCCAUCUCCCCCAUCCUCCCCUACACUGGAGGCGGAGCAGUCUAUUGCCAUGGAAAUGCCCCAGGGGGCAGUUGGACCUGAGAUGGCUCCAUCAAGCUCCGCAGUGGUGGCAGUAGGACACAACGGCCGUACUGGGGUCUGUCUGAUGGAUUCUGAGCUCUCUGUGUCCUCGUCUUCAUCAAACACAGACACAGCGUCACACAGAGCCAGCUCCCAAGACAACACUGCCCCAAUAGCCCCGCCUCCACGACAGCCAUGCUCCUCCCUCCUCUCAGUGCAGCAUGACGGCCGGCCAAUCGUGUGUGAAAGGUACCGAGUGAUGGUAUCCUACCCUCCCCAAAGUGAAGCAGAGCUGGAACUCAAGGAGGGAGACAUUGUGUUUGUGCACAGAAAACGAGAGGACGGCUGGUUUAAAGGAACACUUCAGAGAAAUGGCCGAACUGGGCUGUUUCCUGGCAGCUUUGUUGACAGUAUCUAACACAAAUAGUGUUUAAGAACAUAACAUUUAGAUAUCAAAUUCUCCAUGACUGAAAAUACAGCACUGAACUUCAGCUUUAAUAGUUCAGAUUGAUGAACAGCAGUGAUCGGUAGGACUGGGCUGCUUAGGACUGUUGGAGCAAACUGUGAGGGUCAUCAGUUGCAUGGAUUCGACCACAGUCUAAUGAAAAUCUCAAAACCAACUCGACUGGUCCUAGUCUUUCAGCAGUAGAUCAAAAACUUUUCCUGAAGCACAUGAAAUCAACACCGUUUUAGCCGUUCUGACUAGGCACCCUAUUUCUAGCACAGUAGAUGAAGUCGUGAUAGGAUUCAUAAUUUAUGCAUCUGUAACAUUUCAAAUAUGAUUAAUGUGUGCCUUGUACUGUCUCACUUUACUGUAUAUAAGCAAAGUGAAGCUUAUCUGAGUCAUGACAAGAACAAUAUUCAUUUUCUUCAACAUUUAACUUAUUUUUGUUUCAUAGGAAUGCAGUUUUCUAGAAAUGGGUUGUUAUGUGAGCCGAUUGGUCAGUGCCUGAAGAGCCUGAAUAAUGUCACUGGUCAUUUCAGAUGAAGAGCCUAAUGAACUCCGAAACAUUGGUUUUGACCAUCUAUGUCUACUUUAGCUUGCAUAUAAUCUGCUCUUUGAGUCAUAGGAUGUGGAGUGAGGACACUGCAGGCCUGUCUCAUGAUCUGAUUGCUGUAACUUUACUGAGUGAGGGAAUGAAGGAUAGCAUAUUGUUAUUUUUAAAAGAAAAAGAUGACACUCAGACAUUUUAUUCAAAUAUUACUAAUAUUCCUUUGCAAUAACAUAGGUUUUUUGGUAGUAGAAAAGCCACUGAGCAGAACAGAAACAAUCACUCAUAGUAAAAGCACAGACAGUGAUAGUGCCAUUAUUCUUUUGUGCACACGUGUUUGUUCCCUCUCUGGAUUAGUUUACUUCAGGCCCAUACGUGGACACACAGCUGACCCAUCUUUACUGAUUAUUAUGCAGUGGACAGUAGCCUUUACCUACCUUAAUAUUACAAACUGCUUGUAAAAUGUCCUUUAAAAACAGUGUCUAACAACAAAUUCACAAACCAUUGUUUUUUGCUUCUCUUUAAGUCGGUUUAUAAUGUUGUCUGCUGUACUUUAGUAUUUUAUGUGAUAUUUCAUGUUUUGUAUACUUGAAAAUUGUGUAUUUUAUGCUUCAUACAGUAGAUGAAAUGUU